AUGCCCUUCCGGCCAGGCGGCAUGGCAACCAUCACCCGCAAGCAGGCACGACACGCCGUGACCCUGGCCGCCCUUGCGCUGGCGGUGACUCUGAAAGCCACUCUAGGCUUCGCAGGCGGCGUCGUCCGUGCUGGCUUGCGAGGUGCGGAGCCCUCUGCCGGGAAAGCAGCAAGUGCGCAGCCCUCUGCCUUCGAGGGGCUGCUGCCGGCCGCGGGGGCGCUGGCGGUGGGCGCUUCCGCCAUAGCACUGCGACGGUCCAGCGCAUCCAGCUCCAAGGGAUGGAGCCCUGUGGCUCUCAGGGCGACCAGGGUGGAGUGGUUCCGCAAGGUGAGGCGGAUCAGCGGGGACCGAGCAGUCUUCGACGUCACGGUGAAGAAGCCCAUGGGCCUUGUGCUGGAGUACCUGCCCGACAAGAAAGGUGGCAUGAGGGGUGUGGGUGUGAGUGAGAUUGUCAAAGACGGCAACGGAUAUGAGCUGAACAGGAAGGUCUGCGUGACCGAAGAGGAUGAGGGCAUGUGGAUCCUGGAGGGCGACAGAAUCAUCGCAGUCAAUGGCAUAGAGACGGUCGAUGCAUCCAUCGAGGACAUUGCGAGGCUAGUCGGCGAGUCCCCCGAUGAUUCGGUCGUCCUGACGCUGUGCCGCAACACGCGGCUCGGGCCUAUCAAGGUGGUGGUCCUGCCAGAGGGAGAGUUUGCUACGGUGCGUCGCAACUCCCGUCUCUCUUCAGCUGUGGAGUUUGCCAAGGGCAAGGAGAUCAAGUAUGGCUGCAUCGAUGGCUGGUGCGGAACUUGUUGGCACCGAGAGCGUGUCACCGGCUGGCUCUUCAAGCCGUGCUCCGACCUCAUCACCACGGACUGGGACAACGUGAUGCCGAUGGUGCUCUACCCCAAGCCGGAAAAGGCCGGCGACGCCACGCUCCUCUCACCCCGCGGGCAAUGA